GAACCAGAGAGCAACAGUCUCCGAAAUCUACAGACGCUGCAAUGGAGGAUGGGGCAAGCCAUUCCACUGUGACUAAAUAUUCUGAGGUUGGGAUCUCCAGAACCAGAGAGCAAAAGUCUCCGAAAUCUACAAACGCUGCAAUGGAGGUUGGAGGAAGCCAUUCCACUGUGACUGAGGUUGGGAUCUCCAGAACCAGAGAGCAACAGUCUCCGAAAUCUACAGAUGCUGCAAUGGAGAUCUCAAGCACCACUGAGCAUUCCUCUCUAGGACCUGCGAAGUCAGAAAUGAAGAACUUGGAUUCAAACCAUUCUUUUCCCAUGGACAAAAAAACCCUGCAUAAUAUGGGUUUGGUUAACUACACAGAUUCCGAUUCUGAUGAAUCCCAAGAGCUAUCCAUAAAUCCUUACCAAAGUACUAUCCCAAAGCUCAGGAGAACUAAAUGUAUGCAGGUCAACAGCACACUUAGCCGAUAUCAGGUGGAAAAUGAAGUUGACGGUAAUGGAGAGCUUCUUUACUCCACCUCAGAGGACAGUGGAGAUGAAUAUAUUCUAGGCACAAGUGAGGAAUCAGAUGCGAGUGAAGGUUUGCAAUGUGUCGACUCUCUCUUUAAGAAGGAUAUCAUCAAAGAUUUGUCUCACCUUACAAAUACAUCAAAAGCCUCCUCGAUGCCAUCUGUUAAAAGAGGGCGUCCACCUGUUAGGAGGAGUAGCUCUGGUUCGAUGCGUGAAAGGAAAUGUUUGAAAAGUGUGCAUCAUCACUCCCCACCAUCCAGUCAGGCUGACUCAAUAAACCAGAGUGGAGUAGGUGAUGUUGCUUCUCCUUUAAAGAAUUCAACGAUGGAUUUUGACCAGGACCAAAUUUCUCCUGAUAGUUCCUCUUCUCUUCUUACAAAUAAAAAUUCUGGUGGUCGACUUUGCGUACUUGCUGCAAGCAAAAAAAACAACGGGUCAAGAUGUUACAAUAAGAAACAGUACUGUUUGUACUGCAAGCUGGGAGUUGUAAAAUUUGCGAGGCAUCUAGAGCGGGCACAUUCAGAUGAGUCAGAGGUUGCACAGGCUUUUGCUUUCAACAAAGGCUCCAAAGAAAGGCGGCUCCAUCUGGAACAGCUGAGAAACAGGGGUAACUUUGCCCACAAUGUUGAUGUCCUAAAUUCUGGGGUGGGUAACCUUGUUCCUCGCAAGCAGCCAAGACAUGAUUCAAAUGCACAGGAUUUCUUACAUUGUGCCUAUUGUCAAGGAUUUUUCGCCAGAAAACUCCUUUGGAAACACAUGGCAAUUUGCAAGCUGAGGCCCUGUGAACCUCACAGGCCAGGUAAAACCCGUGUCCAGGCCCUGUGUGCAUUUAGUACGCUUGCUCCACCUGAUGUCAAGCAGGACUUAUGGAAACUGUUAAGCAACAUGGUCCAAGAUGAUGUUUCAUCAGCAGUUAAAAAAGACAUCUGUAUCUUGGAGUACGGUGACCAUCUUUACAACCGACUGGGGCAUGAUCCAGACAAACAUGAAUAUAUUAGGCAGAAAUUAAGAGAACUUGGACGACUUCUGCUUUGUUCUAGAAAAACGACUUCAAUGAAGACAAUACAAGAACACAUUCAACCAUCCAAUUUCAUGAAUGUUGUCCAGGCUGUAAAAGAGCUGGCAGGCUAUGAUGGCAGAACCGGUGCUUACAAGCGUCCAAGUCUUGCUCUCAAAAUUGGAUACAGCCUUACGAAGAUAUCAAUGCUUGUUGAAAGUCGUGCCAAUUUACAAAAAGACUACAGUGCUGCCAAAGAAGCUCGCACAUUUCGCAAAGUGUAUGAAACACGCUGGAACGAAAAUAUUUCAGCUGCAUCGCUGAGGACACUGCACGAAUCCAGGUGGAACCAGCCUCAACUACUUCCUUUCACCAAGGAUGUCCAAACCCUCCACUGUUAUUUGGAUGAGAAACAGAAGCAUUUCAGCGCUAAACUAUCAACCGAGAUCUCCGCUCAGUCGUGGUCACAGCUGGCCAAGGUCACAUUGACGCAGGUCAUUCUUUUUAACCGACGAAGAGCUGGAGAGGUGUCUAAGAUGCCAAUGACUGCAUACUUGUCUAACAAUACUACAGACCUUCAGGAUGACAUUUUGGAAGCCCUGACAUCUCUUGAAAAGAAACUAUGCCAACAUUUCAGACGGAUCGAGAUCAGGGGGAAAAGAGGAAGAAAGGUUCCUGUGCUUCUAACCCCAGCAAUGCAGCACACCUUGGACUUACUUACCAGCAAACGGCAAGAAUGUGGGGUUCCUCAGGAAAAUGGAUACCUGUUUGCAAGACCAUUUGCUUUGACAUGCUACAGAGGUUCUGACUCUCUAAGAUAUUAUGCCCAGGCCUGUGGCGCAAAAAGUCCCGAGAGUCUCACCUCAACAAAGCUUCGCAAACAAACAGGAACUCUCUCACAAGUUCUGAACCUUAGCAACACGGAGUUGGACCAGCUAGCUGGUUUCCUUGGUCACGAUAUAAGAGUACAUCGGCAGUUUUACAGGCUUCCUGAGGGUACUCUCCAGCUUGCUAAAAUAAGCAAAGUACUUCUGGCCCUGGAAAAAGGACGUCUGAAGGAUUUCAAGGGCAAGUCCUUGGAUGACAUAAGCAUUGAUCCUGAGGAGAAUGUGCACACUGAUAGUGAUUCUAACAGUGACCCUGAAAGCGAACCUGAUGAAGCGUGCAGGUCAACGACUGAAGAGAGUAACGUGACCCCUAAUGAAAGAGAUGAUCCAUCAGAAUUGCACGUUGAUGGACCAUCUCCUCAGCAGAUACCCAAACCUCAGUCCACCAAACGGAAACAAAAGUCACCCAAAAAAGGAAAAGGUCGACAACCGGUUAAAAAGAAGCCAUGGAAGAAAGAGGAGGUCCUGGCUGUUGAGAAGCAUAUGAUGUCAUUCAUCACUACCUGCCGUGUUCCACGGAAGAGCGACUGCGAGGACUGCCUUAAAAAGGAAAAAGUAGCACUCAAAAACAGGAAUUGGUCAGCAGUAAAAUUUUACAUUAAAAACAGGAUCACAGCUCUCAAAAGGAGAGUUUAGGGGGAUGUAGGGGAUAUAUACGGUGACCCUUUUUAUAUUGCUAUAUGUGCUUUGUGACCAUCUCUACAGACCUCCGUGAAGUUACCCCCCCCAUCAGACGAAAAUUUAUAUAAGAAUGAUGGCAAUAGUUUGUGCUACGUUUUUUUUUUUUGUCCUGCUAUUGUUGCGAUAUUUAUAACUCUAUUAUAGGUUUGAGGUCAAUCAACCUCCCAUUUUGAUUUAAAAAAUUGUGUCAAUUGUUUGUGCUGUAAAAAUUUGUCGUUUGUGCUGCGAUCGUUUUAUAGAUAUUGAGAUAUUAAUUUCGAGUGAGGACGUCAUAACUCCCAUGGCUGACGGAGCUCAGCAACUCUCAAUAACAGAGGGCUGUCCAAACAACUAGCACGAACGUAUCAGGAACGAAUGGCACUUCUGGUCCAUUUUGCGGUAAAUGAGGAGGUGAGAGUGACGUCAUCACUUGAAAUUCAAAUCUACAGCCCCCCCAUUCACUACAAAAUGGACCCGAAUUCGUUUCUGCUCGUUAUUGACACCCCCGUUAUUGAGAGACUUGAUACGCUCCG